GUUUUUAAUGACCAGACCAGACGGGCUCUGCCUCUGCUCAAAUCAGCACGCACGGCGCACGUCUCGACCCAAACUUAAAAACUUCCGUUUCAAAGAGGGUAAACUUCCUCUAGGUUUGGCGCUUGAAGCAGAGAAACCGAUCACGUUGUUAUUGCAUGCACACUCGACGGGAUCGUUGUGACUAUUAGCCCUUACGCUUUAUGAUUCGCUAUAGUUUUGGUAAUCUAGAUCAUUACUUUUAUACACGUCCAUUAGAUUGCGUUAACGUUAGAUAUGGCUUUAGAAAGUACAAUUAUGUGUGCGGUUCGAGGCUGCCAGAACAAUGGCCAAGCACUGAGGACUUGGUUAGGUAGAGUGUGUUAUGAACAUUGGCCAACCCUAAAUGCAGAAUGUUCUUGUCCUCCUUUGUAUGACUUUCAUAAACUGCCAGUUGGUGCUGUGGAUAGACAAAUGUGGCUGAAGGCUCUGCAGUUGAAGCAAGUGUCUCAAAAUAUCUAUGUAUGUUCUGUACAUUUCGCCGACAAAAGACCCACGGAUGCUCAUCCUUAUCCAGAGAUUAACAUGGGAGUCAUGAAGAAUCCAGAGGAUAACAUUCCAGCUGGGAAUUCGUCGGAGAAACCAAAAACUAGCGUUGUAACAGCUAAGAAAAAGAGAAGAGACCCAACCAUUAAGUACUUGAGUGUACAAAGAAAGUCCAUGGAAACGCCCACAACACCUUCAAGUGACUCAGGAUUGUCUGAGGAGCACAAGUGCGAGUUAUGUGGCACCUGCUUUGAGACGCGCCGAGGCCUGUCCAGUCACGCACGCUGCCACCUGCGGCAGCUGGGCGUGUCCGUGUCGGACAGCAGUGGAGCGCCCAUCGAGCUGCUCUACCGCCUGAUCGAGGAGAGGGACGGCCAACUGCCCAAGCCAGCUCCGCAACCCAACCCCUUAAAGAGGCACAAGGGGCUGCCGUUGGUCAAGAGGGAGGGCCAGGUGCAGGGGCCGGCGCUCAAGAUCAAGAUCUCCAACCUGGUCAGGAAGAAGUACAGCAUCUUCUCUCAGGCGUCCACGGCCCGCAAGAGCUCUGCCGCCGCCGCCAUCGCCAGCCGCCUCUCCUCGCCCCCGGUGCCCCAGAGCGCCACUCUGAGGAGGUUUGGCUCCUCUGCGUCCACCGCCUCCUUCCCCCUCUCUACGCUGCACGUGAAGGACGCGGGGCCGAGUGCGGAGAAGAGCCCCUUGGUCACUGCCUCGGCCAAGCCCCAGUGGGCCCCACAAGCCUCAGAUGCCCCCCUCAACCUCAUGACCGUUGACCCAGCGGGCCGGGAUGACGUGCACGUCUGUGAGCUGUGCGGCGCCUGGUUUGAGACGCGCAAAGGCCUUUCUAGCCACGCCCGCGCUCAUCUGCGCACGUUUGGCAUCGACACGGCGGAAGCCAAAGGCGCCCCCAUCGACACCCUCCACCAGUUCAUGAUCAGCAAGGGGCUCAAGCCUGGCAGUGCCACCAUGCAGGCCAGCAGUGUGAAGCAGGAGGAGUCGACACUGGCCAUCUCUGCCAAACGCCCCGCCCCACCCUCUCCGUCUCCCAAAGCGUCCUCAUCCUCGCCAUCGGCCAAGCGUUUCAAAUCCUCCUCCUCCUCCGCAGAAGGGCUGCCCUUACCAGAGUCUCUGCAAAAGGAUGACGAGUCUGCAAAAAGUGAUGGCGAGUCGGCGCGGGACAUCGUGUGCGAGUUCUGCGGCGAGCUGUUCAUGCGCAGCCAGAGCUUGUCCAGCCACGCACGCUCCCACCUGCGCCAGCUGGGCAUCACGGAGUGGAGCGUCCAGGGCUCGCCCAUGGCAACGCUGCGGGAGGUGAUGGCCCAACGCGGCGUCACCAGCAUCCUCAAGCUGCCCUCCAGCUCGCCCUCGCAGGCCCUGCCGUCGGCGCGCAGUCCACUCAAGAUACCGCCACCGCCCCCAAGUCCACUCCGGGUCCCCAGCCCACUCAAGCCCUCGGCCUCGGCGCCGCUGAAACUGCCCAAGGCCCGCAAGGGCUCCCGCUUUGUCAACAAGGCCAAGGAUGAGCCGACGGAGGUGGACGUGAGUGAGGUGGUGGCCACACCUGGGCCGUCCAGAAGCGGCACGCCCCAGUCCCCGUUCAGGAGUGACCUCAGCUCUGCCAACACCCAGUCGCCAAUGAGGGCUCCCAAACCCGAGCUGGACGUCAACCAGCCAGUGGAGUGCGACUACUGCAACGACACGUUUGACAGCCGCAAGGCCCUGUCCUGCCACGCCCGCGCUCACCUGCGCCAGCUGGGCGUCCGCUGGCCCGCCCAGGCCUCGCCCAUCGAUGCCCUGCACGAGCUGAUGCAGCGCGAGGGCGCCGUGCGCGCCACCGAGGUCAAGCGGGAGCCCAGCCCCGGCCCCGGCCCCAGCCCCAGCCCCGGCAAACGGCAGAGCGCCUCCCCUGUGGCCUUCACCCUGCCCCCCCCAGGGGAGCCCGCCCCCAAAGGGCCGAAGGCGUCGUCGUCAGAAGCGUUUGAUGCCACGUGCGAGCUUUGUGGCUUUGACUUUGAGAACCGCAAGGCCCUGGCGAGCCAUGCACGUGCCCACCUCCGCCAGCAGGGUGUGGACUGGCGCCUCAACGGCUCGCCCAUCGAGACACUCAGCGCCUGGAUGCAGAAGGAGCCGGGCAAGGUGGCCGAACUGCACAAGCGCUACAUGAUGGGAGAUCUGCCCAACAUUAGGAAGCGGAGCUCGUCCUCUCCCUGCCCCUCCAGCGACUCGGAGGCGGCUCAUGGCGGCGGCCACAGGGCGUCCUCUUUACUGCGCUCGUCCCAGGGCUCAUCCCGCGCCUCAGGAAGCAAAGGGGACAAGAGCCACGGCAACCAGGGGUCUGCAGGGGCCCACAGCGAGCUCAACGUGCGUCAGCCCAGAGGUGAGGUCAACGUGCGUCAGCCCAGAGAACAACACACCACAUGCAGACGCCCUCCAAAGCAUCAGUCCCAUGCAGACAACAGAGUCCGAGAGAACAAGCCUCCCAAACCCUCGCGUUCCGGAAACGUCCCCUCACUGGUGCCGAGACCACCGGACACUCCCCUGGUCAGACAGGUCGGGAAGGUGUACUCUCUCAAGUGCAGGUUCUGUGACAAGGAGUUCCGCGGGCCGCUGUCGGUGCAGGAGGACUGGGUGCGCCACCUCCAGGAGCACAUCCUCAACCUCAAAAAGGACGGCUCCGCCACGGCCCCCACCAGCCCCCUCCCCCCGGCCACGCCUGCACCCCCCAUCCACCUCACGCCGCAGCCGGUCUGACGGCCCAGCAUGCACUGCGGCAGCCGUGGGAAGCCUGGCUGCGCUCAUAUGCAAAAAGAACACUGAUCCACUUGAAAAACAUUGGAUGAUUUUAUUCACACAAACUCCUUUUUGUGACGUGAUGGAAGCCAGUAGUGUUUGAAACACACUGCACUGCUUAUAAGAACACCUACCUCUGAUACCCCAGCACAUGGCUGCCACAUUAUGCUUAGGGCUUAAGUGUCAUUGACGAGUUCUGUAAUGAUAUUUCCAGGUCUUUGAGCAGCAGUAUCAAGAGUUAGGGCGACUCUCUCGUGCUAAACUGCCAGCCAUUGCUGUAUCCUACAGUGUGCCUUGGGUUGAGUACAUAUCAAAGUCAGGCAAAGCACCAGCAGUUCUGAGAGUAGGAGGUAAACAUAAGUGACCUCUGAGACUUCACAGUGACCGUUUCACAAUAAGGAGAGCUCUGAUCAGGACCUUCCUACUACUACCACUCUCUCAGGUGUGUGUUUGUGUGGGCCUGUUGAACUCUGCCAUCUCACAUCAACAUUUGCAGAGCAGGCUUCUUUAUUCUCUCCCCUUUUAAUAAACGGGAAGCGUCCCUGUGAUUUUUGCACUGGAUUAUUGAUUAUAGAAUCUAGUUGAACGUUGAUCAGUGAAUGAUUUUGCCAACAGAGACUUUGACCAGGUCAUUAUGAGCUCAGGUGUCUCCGUUUUAAUGUGGCCUCUCUUCACAGUUUCUACACUUCGUGAUUGAUUGUUUUGUAAUUUGCAUUUGAAAAGGUUUUAUAAAUUCUUUAUCUAAGUGUUGAAAUGUAUGAGUUUCCGAUAUACACUGAUAUAAAUGUUUUUACUUGCUGGAGUUUGGUCAUGGUCAUCUACAGCUCAUUUGUUUUAGCAGUUUGGAACUUCUGUGUCUUAGUCCCAAAAGCACUACUGGAAACUGUAAAAUCACCCUUCAUUAAAUUUGAAAGGUUUGUUUGAACCUCUGUAAA